AUGUUACCAUGGAAUAGCCCCUUCACAGAUGUAGUCACUACAAAUCUUAAGUUGCGAAAUCCAUCGGAUAGAAAGGUGUGUUUCAAAGUGAAGACUACAGCACCUCGUCGGUACUGUGUGAGGCCCAACAGUGGAAUUAUUGACCCAGGGUUGACUGUGACUGUUUCAGUAAUGCUGCAGCCUUUUGACUAUGACCCCAAUGAGAAGAGUAAACACAAGUUUAUGGUACAGACCAUCUUUGCUCCACCAAACAUUUCAGAUAUGGAAGCCGUGUGGAAAGAGGCAAAACCCGAUGAAUUGAUGGAUUCUAAAUUGAGAUGUGUAUUUGAAAUGCCCAAUGAAAAUGAUAAAUUGGGUAUUGCUCCACCGGGGCCGGCCCUGGCUGUUGCUCCGCCGAGCAGCAUCAACAGCACAGUUGCAGCACCUGCCAGUUAUAGCGCGAAGAAUGAGCCCAGGGGACUCAGUGUGUUCAAACAGGAGAAACAGAAGAACGACAUGGAACCCAGCAAAGCCGUUCCCCUGAACGCUGCGAAGCAGGACGGGCCUGUGCCAAAGCCACACAGUGUUUCCCUCAAUGAUACUGAGACGAGGAAGCUCAUGGAAGAGUGCAAGAGGCUCCAGGGAGAGAUGAUGAAGCUAUCGGAAGAAAACCGACACCUGAGAGAUGAAGGCUUAAGGCUCAGAAAGGUAGCACAUUCGGAUAAACCUGGAUCCACCUCAGCUGCAUCCUUCAGAGAUAAUGUCACCAGUCCUCUUCCUUCACUUCUUGUUGUAAUUGCAGCCAUUUUCAUUGGAUUCUUUCUAGGGAAAUUCAUCUUGUAG